ACUACCACUCUCCAACCGCAACUUCAACUGAUCCCAACCACCGCCGCCUCCUCCCCAAUCCCCUGCGGCGGCUCCCUCAUAUACGACAAAAUGGGCUUAAACUCCAACAGAGUCGAAAAUUGCUCAGACCAAGAAGCUCCGCCGCCGCCAAUCGAAGCCACAAGCGUAAUCCAAAUGCCGCCGACGGAGGUCCACAGAGUCUGCCUCCCGCCUCUCAAAACCACGGCGCAGAAGCUCCGCCACCGCCUCUCCGAGAUCUUCUUCCCCGACGACCCCCUCCACAAGUUCAAGGAUCAAUCUUGGCUUCACAAGCUCGUUUUAGGGCUGCAGUUCUUCUUCCCUAUUUUCCACUGGGCCCCCAAUUACACCCUCGCCCUCUUCAAAUCCGAUGUCGUUUCCGGCGUCACCAUCGCCAGCCUCGCCUUUUUGAGAUUGGGAUUUGUUAUCGAUUUUCUGUCAAAGGCGACUCUUGUUGGCUUCAUGGCUGGCGCUGCAGUGAUCGUCUCGCUGCAACAGUUGAAAGGGCUGCUUGGGAUAGUCCAUUUCACUACCAAAAUGCAACUGGUUCCCGUGUUGUCUUCUGCCUUCCAUCAAAUAGAUGAGUGGUCUUGGCAAACCAUUGUGAUGGGAGUCGGUUUUCUGGCAUUGUUGCUGAUAACUAGGCAAAUUAGCAUGAGAAAGCCUAAGCUCUUUUGGGUUUCAGCAGCUGCUCCGUUAGCAUCAGUUAUUCUAUCAACCAUUCUAGUUGUCUGUUUCAAAUCCAAGCUGCAAGGGAUCAAGACCAUAGGAAAUUUGCCCAAGGGUCUAAAUCCACCUUCUUCGAACAUGCUGUAUUUCAGUGGCCCUCAUCUUGCACUAGCAAUCAAAACUGGAAUCAUAACCGGAAUACUUUCACUCACAGAAGGGAUUGCAGUUGGAAGGACAUUUGCUAGUCUGAAAAACUACCAAGUUGACGGGAACAAAGAAAUGAUGGCCAUUGGCCUAAUGAACAUGGCAGGCUCUUGCUCGUCUUGCUAUGUUACCACCGGGUCAUUUUCGCGUUCUGCUGUGAACUACAACGCUGGUGCAAAGACUGUCGUCUCAAACAUAGUAAUGGCUGCAGCAGUGCUCGUGACGCUGCUGUUCCUCAUGCCGUUGUUCUACUACACUCCCAAUCUCAUCUUGGCAGCCAUCAUCAUCACUGCUGUGGUUGGCCUAAUCGACUACCAAGCAGCGUACAAGCUGUGGAAAGUCGACAAACUUGAUUUCUUGGCUUGCUUGUGUUCCUUCUUCGGCGUUCUGUUCAUCUCCGUGCCUCUUGGUCUUGCAAUCGCAGUUGGAGUUUCGGUUUUCAAGAUCUUGCUACACGUGACAAGGCCAAACACGGUUGUGCUCGGAAACAUUCCAAGAACUCAGAUAUAUCAGAACCUCACUCAAUACAGAGAAGCUGUUAGAGUUCCUUCAUUCUUGAUCAUGGCAGUUGAGGCACCUAUCUAUUUUGCAAAUUCCACUUACUUACAAGAGAGGAUACUGCGAUGGAUCAGAGAGGAGGAAGAGUGGCUGUCAUCAAACAACAGAAGCAACUUGAAAUGUGUAGUACUAGAUAUGACUGCUGUGACAGCAAUAGACACAAGUGGGAUUGACACAAUCAGUGAACUAAGGAAGAUGCUGGAGAAAAGAUCGCUCAAGCUUGUGUUGGUGAAUCCUGUUGGAAGUGUGAUGGAGAAACUGCAUGAAUCCCACAUCUUGGAAUCCUUUGGGUUGGAAGGGCCGUAUCUGAGUGUAGGGGAAGCCGUUGCUGACAUUUCGUCUGCGUGGAAAUCUCAGCCUUGAACAUCAACAAUGGCUUCCACAGACACACAUACACACACACACACACAAAAAUAUGAGUAGGAUGAAGGAGUUCUUGCUUUGUUAAAGAAGAGUUGAAGCAAUAUUUAUCAAAUAGUUUAAAUGUACACAAAGGCAACUCAAAAUGUACUUAGAUAGCCUUGAGAAGUUUUGUAGUUUAAUUAUUUUCUCUUAUAAUUAAUUUAUUACCUUUGCUUUGAUCCAA